GUUCCCAGAUUAGUUCCAGAUGAAAAGGAUCUGAUCUGCAUUAGAAAACUUUAAUUCCUUAUUGUUGCGACCAGUGAUUUAUCCACGCUGUGGAGAGGGCUUAUUAAAGCAGACGGGCAACUGGUAGCGCUCUGCUCUGCGCCCUCCCUUCCCCUCCCGAGAAGGAGAUGCUUAAAAUGCCAGUAGUCGCUGGAAGAGCAAACGCUAUUGCUCCCAAAUCUGCUGUCACCCGCAAAAAGAAUGGCAGCGGUGGUGGGAUAUUGCGAGCGUACUUUGAAGGCAAAUCCUUACAGUGUGAGCUGGAGGUUAUUCUGUUACUAAGCUGAAAUGUAGCUGAGCUGCAAUGGAGAUUUGUUCCUUCUGCAGCAUCAGCCCUGAUUACCGAAUACUGGCACAGCUCUUUAUCAGGUUUUGUUACAGAAAGCAAGUCUGGUGAGACUAAUACAAGGCUGGCUUUCAGUCAGGUGAAAGUCUCAGGCAGAGAAGGGCAUGAUUUGAUGCUCAGACCAUUUAGGAGGGAAAUAUGAGACUGAAAUACUUGCAUUCUGAGAUGAAAGGAAUCAAGUAGCGUCCUAAGCUUUGGAAAUGCCUCUAUUUUUUGUGUUCGUUAUGAUCUUGUAUUCUGUACCUUAAUAAAUCUGAAAAAAAAGGCCUUGGACUCUUCCUUCCGUCUUUUGUACAAACCAUUGUAUUUACUGUGUACUAAAUACUUGUUAGAAGUAUUUUGGGGAAUAUGAUAUGAAAACCCUGCCACGCCUAAAAACUAUUCUGCUUUAUUUCUAUUUGGAAUGGAGCAGAGUGGAAAAAAGCUUUCCAAGAAGUGAUAAAAGGCCAUGGCUUGGGUUCUUGGUCUUGCACAUUAGUAGGUCUGAAGGCCUAAAAUACUGCUGUGUUGUUAAACAGAUAGAGAAUAUAGGUUUUCUUACUGGUUUCUGGUGACCUGCAGUUAGGCUAAUCUCAUUAUUCUAGCCGCUGAGAAUCUUUUUGACAGCUAAUGAGAAUAUUUUGUUUUUCUUCCAGGUUUUCAUUUCAGUGCGGUUCUCCUCUCUGUGGCAAGGGCUGCCUUUUGAAGCAGCACAUUCAUUCUCCCCUUCAAGCACCAUAAGUCUCAUUUGCCAGCUUCAGAACCAUGGCAACAGAAGAAAAGAAGCCAGAUGCAGAAUCCACCAAAACACAAUCUACUCCUUCUUCCUCAACCAAUCAGAGCAAGCCUGCGCCAGUAAAACCAAACUAUGCUCUAAAGUUCACGUUAGCGGGACAUACAAAGGCAGUCUCAUCAGUAAAGUUUAGUCCUAAUGGAGAGUGGCUAGCCAGCUCCUCUGCUGACAAACUCAUUAAAAUUUGGGGAGCAUAUGAUGGCAAGUUUGAAAAAACAAUAUCUGGUCAUAAACUGGGUAUCUCUGAUGUUGCUUGGUCAUCAGAUUCCAACCUUCUUGUCUCUGCCUCCGAUGAUAAAACUCUCAAAAUAUGGGAUGUAAGCUCGGGUAAGUGCUUAAAGACAUUGAAAGGGCACAGUAACUACGUUUUCUGCUGCAACUUCAACCCUCAGUCAAACCUCAUCGUUUCUGGAUCAUUUGACGAAAGCGUGAGGAUAUGGGAUGUGAAAACAGGGAAGUGCCUCAAGACGUUGCCUGCUCAUUCUGACCCAGUUUCAGCUGUGCAUUUUAAUCGUGAUGGAUCCCUGAUAGUGUCAAGUAGCUAUGAUGGACUCUGUCGAAUCUGGGAUACAGCAUCAGGCCAGUGCUUGAAAACACUGAUUGAUGAUGAUAACCCUCCUGUGUCUUUUGUGAAAUUCUCACCAAAUGGCAAAUACAUACUAGCUGCAACUUUGGACAACACUCUUAAACUUUGGGACUACAGUAAAGGAAAGUGCCUGAAGACAUACACAGGACACAAAAAUGAGAAGUACUGCAUAUUUGCAAAUUUCUCAGUUACUGGUGGAAAGUGGAUUGUGUCCGGUUCAGAAGACAACCUGGUUUAUAUUUGGAACCUUCAGACAAAAGAGAUUGUACAGAAAUUACAAGGACACACAGAUGUUGUAAUCUCAACAGCUUGUCACCCGACAGAAAACAUCAUUGCAUCAGCGGCACUAGAAAACGACAAAACAAUUAAACUGUGGAAGAGUGACUGUUAAACGUUCCAGUAUCACUUUAGAGACUGUCAGGAAAAAAAGUUUUUAAAAAAAAUAAUAAAAAACCACAUGAGAAUAAUAAAUCCAGUUUGGCAGGAAACCUGAAGAAUAUUUGAUAAAGUGGUUUCUGUUAGUCUUGGCCCAAAGAAAACGUCUUAGCUCUUUGCUAGAACCGGGCAACGUGGUGAGAAAAAAAAAAGAUGCAGUGUCUCCUUUUCUUGCCUAAUCUUUUGGCAGACAAAUGGAUCAUUCUGACAUCGCGUUAGAAGUGUCAGCCUUGUAUUGGACACCCCAAAGAUACUGUACUUUAUGGUGGCAUUACUUCUGGGCACAGUUGCUGCUUAAGGAAGAGCUGCCAGUCUACUUUGUAACAGUAAGUUAAGUCACGAGCCUAGAGAUGUGUGGAAUUUUUUUAAAUGUCUAAUUUUUUAUUUUUUAUUUCCAGAAUGUAGGUUCUAGUCUCUUGGGAAGUUUCUGUAUUGUUUUAAAUAGGAGUACUGCAUCUUUAAGGGUGCUUCAUUUUAAACACUCAGCUCAAACUUCGUGACCAAAUAAAACCAUGCAGUUCCAGAUUUCCCUCUUCCUGCCCCAACUUGACUCCUGUGGUGAAAUCUCCUCUUACCUUCUGUAUAGUUGCUUACCUCUUGUUACGUGUGUUUAAUAGAUGCUGUUCUAGAGCAAAGUUACAGUUCUUCUGUUAACCAUUAAAAUGAAUCCUGCUUGUAGUUGUUCUCAGCAUAUUUUAAUUUUUUUCUCUUCUGGUUAUAAAGCAAGCUCACAGAACACUGUAAAGUUAUUUCAAUGUAAAAAGGAAAAACCCAGACUUUUGUAUCUUGAAAAUCCAUUGUAUGAAACUGUAUUGAUAAUGGCAUGACUCUGUAUCUAUUUCAGCAUUGGUAUUUCUUUCCCUUUUUGUCAUACCCAUGUGGUAUUUACACAUCCAAAAAGAUACCAUAUGCCAUAAUAAAAUAAAAAGGUGGGAUUUUAUGUCUA